AUGCCGCCUGAUCGUCCUCGAGCAAGCCUUACAGGCCGCAUUGAGAACUCGCGCUUCGUCGACUACGUAUGGCGCGCGUUCCGCUCGGCCGCAUACCCCAUCCAAGGCAUCUGGUAUUUCUCGAAGCAGCGCAAAUUCUGGCCGCUCUGGGCUGGACGUCUGUUGCCCUUAUCGCUGGUGUCACUGACUGUCUACCUGAUUCUAUUCUUAUUUGCCUACCUCCCACAAGUUGCUUUUCUAGCUAUUUGGCAAGGCAGAGGCGCGUGGUUUAGCGCCGCGAUUUUGACCCUGGGAGAAGGGCUGGUGCUUAUUCAGGCCCUAUUUGAGGGCUUCUUUGUGGACGAGGCACGGGUAGACGUCUUCGACACUACCCUGAUCGAUCAUGACCUUGUUGACCUCGUUGCGCCCCAUCGUCUACUGUUUCCCGAUGCCCCCAAUUCCGUCAAGAUGUUAGGAAAGCCGACGUCGCGAGCUGAAUACACGCCAUGGAGCUUCAAGCAGAUAUUUGGGCUUGUCGUCUGCCUACCGCUCACAUUUAUUCCGAUCGUCGGCGCCCCGGCCUACAUCAUCAUCACGGGGACGCGGCUGGGAAAGCUAAGCCACCACAGGUGGUUCAAGCUCCGAGGGUUGAGCAGAAGAGAGAGGAAAGAGGAGGCAAAGAAGUACUCCUGGGACUAUGUAUGGUUCGGGACCAUGGCUAUGAUCUUGGAACUCAUUCCGCUGCUGAGCUUCUUCUUCUUGUUGACGACCACGGCAGGGUGUGGCCUGUGGGUUUCGAAACUGGAGGGCAAGACGAGGGUUCGCCCGAGUGAAGAAGGGGCCAGGGCAGAGGAAGGGCGGGCUGCGCCGACGGAGUCGAGCGGGCGGGCUGGUGCUGUGGAGGAAGAGCGCGACGAACCUCCGCCACCGUACUCGGAUGAUCCGAUCUAA